UGAACACCACUGAGCACAUCCGGGUCACAGUGUGCACUUGAUGUUGGCAGUUAACGUGGAGUACUCUAGUUAGUCUUUCUCUUAUUUAAAAAAAAUCAUGUUUAUUCUUCCUUCUUCUGUUUAGUCUGUCGCCGGUCAUGAUCAGGUCCGUGCAGCUGCACAGGUUAACCUCUCACAUCCUGUCCUGUACCAGAGGAUCAUGUCUGCUUACAGGUCAGAUGCCUUACGGCGUGCAGCCCUCUUCACCAGGCCACACAUCCAUGCAACAGAUCUUCCAUGGACCCCUUAUACCAAAAAUCACAGCUCUGGUGAGAUACUCAGACUUGUCCACACAGAAGUACACUAUGAUUUACACACUGCCAUACAUUAAGAUCCUCAGAGUCAUGUCCAGGCUCAAACUGCUCCAAACUGCAAUCACCGUGGUCGUCUUGCCCCCAGUAUACGUCUUGUACCUCCAGGGAGAUGUCUCCUUCUACCUUGUCAGCUACACAACGGGGAUAGCACUGUUUGCUGGUGUCAUGCUGUACACUGCCAGUCACUUUUUCAGGAGGGUUGUGGGGAUGAUGUAUUUGGACCCGUCCCAGACUACACUCAAAGUGUCCCACCUCACCUUCUGGGGCAAGCGCCAUGAUAUCUACCUCCCUGUGUCAGAUGUCAUGACCAUCGGGGACACAGGGGACUCUGCAAAUGAGACAAUUUUGAAACUAAAGAGAUACAGCAGCCCACAGACAUUGUAUUUCUCUAUGCAUUUUGGACGUGUGAUGGACAGACAGGGCUUUGAGAAGGUGUUUGGAAAUUUAAAAUGAUGCAUACGUUUUAAAAGUGCAUGAAUUUAGAUGACAAUAACAUUGAAUAAAUUAUUCAUUAUUUAAUGUGUGUAGCUGUGAUAAUGAGAGGGGUCUGUUCUCCAUGGAAGAUGGGUAAUGAAUGUUUCACUGAAUUAAGCAUGUGAUUGAAAAGUGAGGAUAUAUAUUUGUAGGCUUCAUUCGCACUGUGGUCUUGUGGAGUAAAACAACUUGCCCAGUAACCACUGUUGGCAGUAAUAUUGUAAGAGUAUUCAGAGUAUUUUUGUCUCAGUAUUCAGAGUAUUACUGUCUGUAACCACUGAUCUAAUGUGUGAGGCAGGAAAAAUAAAAUCAA